UGAUGGAAAAGUUCUAGAGAAGUGGAAAACUUCCAACUGCAUUCAGAUACGUUCUAUGAAGGUGCCCUUUGGGAAGUAAAACUAAUUUCGAUUAUCUGCCAUACUGCCAUUAUUUAUUGGAUGUCAGAUAAAGAACUAUUACUGUACACCUGCUUGAAUGCUGAAAUUAGCUUGUACUAUUAUCAUUAUCAUUUUCGGAAUGCCGUAAACGAAAGUGAAUCGCCGGGGUGUGGGUUGAGGUGAGGGUAAGGCCUGCGCCAGACACUCAUCAAUGAAUGACCGUUCCGUUACUAUGCCGUCGAGUAAAGCAUUUUAAGUACAGGCAUAGAUUGAAAAUUAAAAUGCAGCGCCUGCUUAUUAAUUAGCUGAUAAAUCAUUAUCGGCCAGCGACGAAAAAUGAAAGCGAAUCGAUCGGGUAGAUGCGGCGACGGCAUGGGUAUGGCGGCUGCCCUCAAUAUAGACACGCGUCGUGAAAGAAUGCCCAUGUCCAAGUCCAAGUCCAAGUUCCUAUGUAGCACCAAAUGCGUUGCGCUGGGCCCCCCAAAAAGGGCCCUCGCGUCGGGCUGCAUGCAUAUUCAAAGAAGUACGCCAUCAGAUUCGGCAUCAGUCAGCCAGUCGGAGCCGGAGACAUACUUGUACUCGCACUGUGGCACGAUUUGCUUGUUUUGGCGCACGUUCGUGCCGUGAGACGCUCCGAUGUCCGGCUGUCGAAUUUCAAGUAGCCGCCCAGAGGGCUGGCCAACACCUACGUCGAUAAAAGCGAAUGUCAGUGUGGGCCAUGCAUUCAAUAGUCGUCCGGUGCCAGAACUGAGCAGAGCUGAGCAGAGCCCAACGGAUUACCAGAUUCCCGAAUCGAAGGACUAAACGAACAUCAACGAAAGAACUCGAAAUGGCCGCCAACCAGAAAAUUGUGUUCGCCAUCGUGUGCCUAUGCCUGGCCUUUAACGUGGUGUUGGGCCAGCAGCAGCCCGCCAAUAGCUCGGACUCCGACUCGGAUGUUGCCGAGAGCCGCACGUUCGGCCACCAUUUCUUGCGCCGCAUCAGCUUCGCUCUUGUGCCCGGAGCCUUCGUGGUGGGCGUGAUCACCACCCUGCUGGCGGCCCUGACGGUCGUCUCCAUGAAGGGACUGGGAGUGGGCGUCAUCCUGUUGGUGCUGGCCAUCGGACAGAUGCUGUCGCGAGCCCUGCCGGUCCAGGCAGCCGCCUAUGCUGCCGCCCCCGUGGCGGCUCCAGUGCCCGUCGUCUACUCGCACUCGCACACCCAGCAGCCCGUCUGGCUGGAGAAGGAGUGGUAGAGAUGGAAUCGAUACGGCGCUCGAAUGGGGCCAAAGAUCGAGAUCAGGACGAGAAAGCGAGCUGGUAGCAGGCCAUGUUUUACCUCAAUCUCAGCGAGCAUGCAACCAAAUAAUAAUUUAAGACUAGUUUAAAUUAUUUAUUUAAAUUAUUUAUUUAUUACAACAAGUAAAGAAUGGAAAGCAUUGAUUUCA